AUGACGCUAAAGUUUGAACUUAUUGCUUCUUGAAGAGCGGUUCAAGGUAUUCUUUGUAUUCCUUUGUGACGUGCCAAAAGCGAAGACAUUUUAAUUCUGAUAUUAAAUGGGUAUACAGAGAAGUUGAAAUGGAGGUUAUCGUUAAAGAACUCGAUAUACCCAGAGAAUAUGUACGACUCGUUGAUGGAAGGAUUACUUUAACGAUUCAUCGAAGCUGGAUAAGAAAUUUAUUGACGGCUGGUUCACUUGCAUUCGUUAAACACGAUCGCUUCACGGUGGAUGAAAUUGCAGCUCAGCCGUCUCUGGAAGAGCUGGGAUCGGGUUGGGAAAGAGUAUAUGCAAAGGUUUAUAAGAAACAACACAAGAAGGCCAUUGUUCUUCCUCCUUGGAUAAAUACAGAUUGCGCAAAAUUUGAAGAGGAACUGUCCUUUGCACAGGUUCUUCAGUAUGUAGCGAAUACGAAUUAUAGAAACCUAUGGAAAGAAUUUUAUAAAAAAUAUCAGAAGCAGCGACACGCAGUCGGGAGGAUGGAUCGACAGAGUUUGACACCUGAGAUGGAAGACGUUGAUCUCAUGCAAGAAUUAUUAUCAAGAGUAUACAAUUGCCCGACGAUACGAAUAGAAGGCAGUGAAAUUAUUUUUGUAGCUUCGAGAAACUCCAAUCUUCACUGCAAUCUUCUCCCAGCUUUAUGCACAAUCGAGACUUCAUCGGCAUUGGUCACAUUCUUCGAACAAACGGCAAAGCAUUCUUUAAGAGAAUGCGUGAUGUUCAGUCCUGCUAUUCUCUCUUCUAGUUACGGUAAACCUCUCUUCAUAGUGUACCAACUGCUACGAUUAGCAAGAGACCUGCACGAUCUCGGACUUACCCUGGGUGAAAUUACAUUGAGUGACGUACUCUUGAUGGACAAUCUUACUAUACAGGUUUUGCCAAGAUUGGAGGACAAUGUUUACUUGUGGUCAAGCAUAAUAAAUGAUACAACCACUAAACAGGCAGCAACUCAUAAAACUGCUCAAAGCUUAUGUACCACGAAGUCUGAAAGAAAUAUUGAGAAGUUGUGCGAAUCGUGGGUACGUGGCGAAAUUACCAAUUUCGAUUAUUUAACCGCCCUAAACGAUUUAGCUGGAAGGCGUUAUGGAGAUCCUAGUUGUCACCACGUAAUUCCAUGGGUCACGGAUUUUACCUCUCGAUCCGGAGGCAACUGGAGGGACUUAACCAAAUCCAAGUUUCGGUUGAACAAAGGCGAUAGACAGUUGGACCUGACAUUCGAUUCCCAAUCAUCGGAGGUAGGCCACCAUGUAUCAGAUGUUCUAUCGGAGAUCACCUACUACGUGUACCUCUCUCGACGGUACAGCAGAUCAAUUUUAUGCAAACACGUGAGGCCUCUUUGGGUUCCUUGGGAGUAUCCAGCAUCGAUACAAAGAAUGCAUGAUUGGAGUCCAGAUGAAUGCAUACCACAGUUCUUUACAGACCCUACGGUAUUCAAGUCCAUUCACGAAGACCUCCCAGAUUUGGAAGUGCCAUCCUGGGCGACUUCACCCGAAGACUUUAUUGAGAAGCAUCGAGAGGCACUAGAAAGUCCCUACGUCUCCGAAAGACUACAUCAUUGGAUAGAUUUAACAUUCGGUUACAAGUUGUCAGGAACGGCUGCGGUAAAAUCAAAGAACGUGUGUCUGCAGCUGGUCGACAAUCACACAAGCUUGACUGGUUCUGGGAUAGUUCAAUUGUUCACCCAGCCUCAUCCUCAGAGGCUGGUGCCCUCUCCGUACUGGGGUAAAGUACCUCCACGUCUCUGCAGAAUCAUCACUAGUGGGAAAAUGAAGAGCGACAGAUCAGCCGACAGGAUCAACGAGGACGAGGUCCAGGUCGCGGGCCUCGACGAGGAGUCCUCUUCUCCAUCACAGAACGCGACGACGAGAUCUUCCCCGUUGGCUCUAAGUCGUUUGUUGAGCAGAUCUCGAGGAUCCCUGCAGACUCCUGAAGAGAGCUCCAGACACCCCGAGAAAAGCUCCUCGAGCCAAAUAAUUCUUCCCAAGGACUACAAUCCUGUGACGGCACUCGUCCAGGUGGAGACGCUGCACGCCUUCCUGAACAGAGCGAGCAACAAAGUGCACCGUAGCUCUGACGUCCAGAAAGUGGAGGAAUUCGACGAGGCCAGCUCCUACGAGAGCUUCAAGCACCUGAUCACCUGCGACAGGAUUAAGGACCGACAAACCUUGGGAUGCCUUGUGGUGGAGUUGUUCCUGGCAGGCAAACUUAGAGCUGUAGGACACCCGAGUCUGCGGUUCCGCGGCAGGACCUCCAGGAAGGCCAGGAGGAGACAAAGGGACGGGAGAUGCGUGUCCUCGAGGCACCGAGAUCGACUCCUGGAAUGCGUUAAUGCUCUUCGAGCUUGUCCUGAUGCUCUUCCUCGGUGCGCUAGGACGAUGGUCGCUCUUCUUCUUCGGAUCAAUGAUGUCGUCCCUCGCAGCUACAACGCCAUGGAGUCGAGCACUCUGGAGGCAGAAAGGGACGAGGACUCUGAGGUACGAGGUCGAGCAAAGACGAAAUUACAGGUGGACGAGAAGGUGUGCAGACAAAGGUACCCUCCAGUCACAUACGUGGGACUGCCUCCACCAUCAGCUCAUCAGUUCCUUCAACCCAUCCUGGCGAGCCACCUGUUCCCCUUCUCGAGCUACUUUCGGCAGCUCUACCGAAUCGUGGAGAUGCUGAGAGAGUACGACGACCUCGCCAGGGAGCUGUCGAUGGCCCUUGGCUCGGACGACGAGAUCGACCCCUCCUUGGCGAGCAAGACUCGCACGGCUUUUCUCUGCAAAAUGAGCGAGUGCAAGGUAAAAGCAGUCGCCAGAGAGCUGGACGCUCUUCUUCCCAGGGCGGGAAUCGCAGGCUGUGAAGAUCCUUGCUUCGGACUCAUCGUAGGCCAUGUAAGGCAGAUCCUGGAGGACCCCUACGGAGCGGUGCUUGCUGCUUGGUACCUCUUCGACCCUGUAGCCAAGACUCUGGGUCCGAAGACCACGGCGGACACCUUCCUGAACCCCAUCGUCAAAUUGUACGAGGUGGGGUCAGCGAUGGAUGGGUCUGUCCAUGCGGAUGUACUACCAACAGCCACCCUGGCCAAGUUCAGGACCAUGCGACUCUACCAUCGCAGCUUCCUUUUGAAGCUGAUAGUACGUCUAGGGCUGCGUCGCUUCCUGGAGAACUUCGUCGCUCCCAUGGUGGAGGCUGUUGGAGGCUACCGGGAUCAUCUGGGAGGCUGUCGCGACCUGGGCACUCGUAGAGCCGGGAAUCUGAAGAACUGCGACCUGGAGGACGCUGGGACCGACCCUGAAGCCACGAUUGUUCUCUCCCCGCUUGAGGAAGACUCUUCCCUGGAUUCGGAGCAGAAUGUCUCAUCGACAUCCGCGCCGGCUGUUAAUGAAGCAAAUCUAGACUCCACUUCUAACGAGAACGAAGAAGUGUUCACCCUGGACGCCGAAGAGGAUUCUCCAUCGGAAGAGCCGGCUCCGGCUUACAACCCUGAUCUAGUCGUCGACCCUGAGCUCAGCUCCGAGUUGGAAUACGAAGAAACGUCCACGAAUUCUCCUCAGGCUUCUGGAUCUGGUCCGACCAUCGCAAAGCCCAUCCCCAUCCCGGCCAGGAACCACACGAGCGACGACGGCCUCGUCUGCACGGCAAAACUGGCGAUAGAUUUAAACACCAUAGGAUGCCACGUAGGGAGUAAAACCCCGAGCGAAGACGCGCCUUUCGACGGCUCCUACGUGCCACACGUCUCCGAGGACUCGUUGACUUCUUCAACAGACUCCGAUGGGUCGAAGCCCGACACCCUGAAGAAGCUGGAGACCGUACAACGCGUCUUCUCCGAGAGGGAAGAGGCGAGAGACGCGGCAGACGAGUCCGAAGAAACUGGUCCUGGCGACGAGGACGACGAGGAAGGCUUCGAAGAGGACGAAGAGGACGACGAAGACGGAGAAGACGACGAGGAUGAAGAGCAAACCCUGACGAGGACUGGCGAGGACACCACGGAUGGACUGGAGACUCGCAGCGAGCAAAGCAAUUCCACUGCUAGGAGGUCGACCUCGAACGAGUGCAAGGUGUCCGAGAUGAGCGUCGAGUCGAUCGUUUGGUUGUCUCAUCGAUUGGGACCUGUUCUGACUGCCAGAUAUUUGUCGCGGAAUCUCCUCCGGAUGCUGACCCUCUGCUAUGCUGGGAAGGAGAGCCUGACGAACCUGGCUUGCCCUGAAGGAGACCUUGAUGGAACCACCUUGGUCGGAGAUCGCAGCGCGGAAAAGGUGCUGGAGUGUCUGGAGGCCAUCGCCGGCGUUUAUGGAGAGCAGAUCAUUGUUCUGCAGUACUUUGCACACGCUACCAAGCUGUUGGCUUUGUGCAAGCGGAAGCUGAUGGUGGGCCUUGAAGGAGGACUCGUGUCUUGCUUGGUUUUGCUCAUCCACGCGAUCCCCUGCCUCAGCGACUCCACCCUGAUGGACGUUCUUCAUGAAACUAUCUUGAAGUCGAUCCUUCACCCUACGGUCAGGCUGAUUUCGACGACGAGAUACGUCUUCCCAAACGGCAGCACAGCUCGCCACGCGUUGGCGGAUAAAUAUUUGCGAGCUCUGCUUCGUCUGGCCCAAAGAUUAGGAAAUUCGGCGACGAGCGUUCACCUGGCUGGACCCAUACAUCGCUUCUUCCUCGCCUUCGACAAGGCCUUCGGCUACCGAGAUGAGAGUUCCACGAUGCAGGGAGAUGAAAAGGAAUCCCGAGGCAUCUCGUCUGCAUCCCACGAAGAAGACCAGGUCCCCAUACGGUACGACAGUUCCCAGCUUCGAGAUACGUUCACCGAUGCAGCAGCUGAUUCGUACUCUCCUCCGGUUACUGUGGAGAGCAACGGCUCGUUCGACUCAGAAAGGAGCAAAGCCCUGGGGGAACUGAAAUCCGUGUUCACGGUGAGGUUUGCACGUAAAGCUUGCUCGAUGUUCCAUCAAUACCUUGGCGAUGCAUCUCUGGAACUCGUCUCGAAGAGCCGCUUGAUUCGCGACCUCUGCCACGAAGAAGGGGGCAUACUUUACGACACUUCCGUGACGAUUGCAGAAGACUCGUCCUUCUCAUCGUACUCCCCGGAGGAGCAGUGGGCCUCCUCGGACGACGCGUCCUCGUUCGGCAGAGACGUCGGCAGCUUUGGGAAUAUUUCGUUGAUCGGGAACAAGAUCGAAGUGCAGAAACGAGACAAGGAUUCGUCGAAGCUGGACCAAGCUAGAUCGCCGGAUCACCAGGUGCCACCGAGUCCCUGGCUGGGCUCCAGGUCGACCGGACGAUCAUCUCGUUCCUCUCAAUCGUCUUCCUCGUCUCAAGGUCGGCAACUUCGUGGAAACUGGCUUGCUUAUUGGGAACACGAGAUCGGCAGAUCGGACAAGGACUCCGCCUUCAACGUAAAGCAGAUCAAACUUCAGUCUUUUAACGGGCACUCGAACAGCGUGAGAUCCUUGCAUGUCCUGGACAACGAGAACAGCUUCAUGAGCGGCAGCAGGGACAAGACCGUCAAGCUCUGGAGUCUGCGAAGCCAGGGUGACGGCAGCACAGUCUCCUCUUGCCAGUACACGUACACGGGGCACAAGAAGUCCAUCUUGGCCCUGACCUUCGUCGAAUCCGUGAGAUACGUGGCAACCUGCGACGGGUCCAUUCACUGCUGGGAUCCGUUCAUGGGUUCCCUGGUGGGCUCGCCGGAAACUACUCGACCGGUUCCCAUAAACACCCUGGCCGCUUGUCCAGCACCAUCGAACGUGUUGCUUGCAGCUACCGUGGACGUUACCUUGAGAUUGGUCGAUUGCAGGACCGUUAGGUACACCAAUGAAUUGAAGAUAUCGACGAAUCCAAGUGCCCUGAUAAGGCGAAUUGCAGUAGCUCCUAGUGGACAUUGGGUUGCCUUGGGCCAGGCAUCGGGUUUCCUCACGAUAUUGGAUGUUCGGACUGGUCUGAUCAUCGCUUCCUGGAGGGGACACGAAUGCGAGAUACUGCAACUGGAGGCAGUAAACGAAACCACCAUCAUCAGCUCCUCCUUGGACCAGACUGUGACGGUGUGGAGUGCUAUAGAUGGGAAACUCAAGUUCCACAUGAAGGGCAUCACCGAACCCGUUCACUGCAUGGCGAUUUACGAGCAACAGCUGAUAUCGGGAACGACGGCCAAUCGGAUCGGCGUUCACACGGCAGUUCAGGCUUCCACUACAUUCUCGUCCACAAAGCUGAGGUCUGAUACCUUCAAAGGAGUUCUCACUGCUAUGACGGUUCUUCCGCUUAACAGAUUGUUGCUGUUAGGCGCCGACAAUGGCGGAAUCAGUCUACUGUGUUAACUCCCGGUACCAUCUCGCGUUGAACAACGCGUGGAAGGGAUCAGACUACGACAAGCUGGUGCCAACGUCCGUCCUCGUCUUCAGCACUGCCAGGACCGAUUCCAGAGGUAAUUUGUAGAUUCCAACAUCGGCC